UGUUACAGAACAUAUGAAGAACAUCUACAGGAGGGCUGCAAUGCCAUGAAAAGUGGAGACCUGGACACAGCAGAACAAAGCUUUGCAGCUGCGCUUAAGACCGUUCAUGUUAAAGGUCAACACAGGAAGGAGGCAGAGCCCCUGUACAAGCUGGGCGAAGUCUAUCUGAAGAGAGGAAUCCAGUCAAAGGACGGAGGCGACUUCACCAAGGCUGCAGCACUCUGUAAUGCAGCACUGGUAAGGUCAAGGAGAGAAGACAUAGGGGAAAGAAUUCAGAAAAUAACUCAAGUAUUUGUCAAGGAAGUCCUGAAGAUGGAACAGAAGGUAGACAGUGAUGAUACAGAGAAAUACAAAUUGAGUUUGAAGGCUGAUAGGGACUACGUAGAAAAAGAGAUCAAAAGAAUUGAACAAGAGGUAGAUCCAUAUAGUGUUGAUGAGAAUGACCCUAAGAUAAAAGAAGUGGAGAUGCAGAGAGUGGAAGCAAUUAAAGCAUUGUUUCAGACACUUGUUGAUCAGCGUAAAACGUUCAUAGCUGGCCUUGUAGAUGAAUGCAUGGAGGUAAUGGGUCCCCCUCCCUGUAAGUACGCAAUGAUAGGUUUGGGUUCACAAGCCACAGGGUUGGUAACUCCAUACUCUGAUCUGGAGUUUGCCAUUUUAGUAGAGGAGGAAACCGAACAUAACGAACUUCUGAAAAAUAGGGCUCAGUAA